AUGAAGUUCUCCGCUGUCACUACUCUGGCUGCCCUUCUGGGCGCCGUCUCGGCCGGCUCCAAGUCCGAUGACAGAACCUUUGCCGUCCUCCGCUUCAACAACAAGCAGCUUGUCAAGACCCGUGUUGAUCCCAUCAUCAACCCCGGAAAGCCCGCGACCCACGUCCACGGCGUCAUGGGAGGAAGCAACUUUGGCAUGUCGGCCACCGGCGAGACUCUCUCACAAUCCAAGUGCACCAACGCCAUGAUCAACGGCGACAACAGCGCCUACUGGUUCCCGUCUCUGUACUUCCAGGACCCCAAGACCAAGGGGUUUGAGGCGGUCGAUGUUUUCUACGUCAACGUCUACUACUUCUUCGAUGGCACCGACGAUGAGAUCAAAGCCUUCCCCAAGGGCCUGCAGAUCUUCAGCGGUAACGCCUCCACUCGUGUUGCCCCCUCCUCCGGAGGCAAGCAGAACCUCGAGCCCGCGGACGGCCCGAUCCAGCCUGUUCAGUGGACUUGCCCCAGAUCCAACUACAACCCGCCGUCGUACCCCGCCAACUCUGACGGCACCACCGCCGGUAUCGUCGACCCCAACAACGACGGCUCCGGAGUCGGUUUCCCCGACCAGAACUGCGAUGGCUACGCUUCCCCUCUUCGCGCCGAUGUCCACAUGCCUUCCUGCUACAACCCUAAUGCCGCCCUGACCGACUACGAGAGUAUGGCUUGGCCCUCCAACAAGGGCGCCUCUAACAGCCGCCGUAAGAACUGCCCUGCCGGAUGGAUCCACGUUCCUCACAUGUUCUUCGAGGUCUACUGGGACACUCCCAAGUUUGCCAGCCGCUGGACUCCCGGCCAGGGCUCGCAGCCGUUUGUCCUUUCCAACGGCGAUGCCUCUGGCUACAGUCUCCAUGCCGACUUUAUCGCUGCUUGGGAUGAGACCGUUCUCCAGCAAAUCAUUGACAACUGCAACGCCGGCUCCUCCGGUAUGGACAAGUGCCCCGGUCUUCUCAAGGGCCUCAACACCGACAAGGACUGCACGAUUUCCUCGCCCGUUGACGAAGUUGUCGAUGGUCUCAUGAGUAAGCUUCCCGGUGACAACCUUCUCAGCGGCUUCUCCUACGGCUCUAUCGUAGGCAGCGGCAGCGGCAGCGGCAGUGGUUCUGUCGUCAAGCCUUCUGGUUCGUCUGCCUCGUCUGCUGCGACGGCUGCUUCUGCCAAGCCCUCUGCCGUCCAGCCUUCUGCCAGCAAGGCCGCCACUUCUGGCUACGUCAGCCAGGAGGAAGCCCCCAAGACAUCCGCCGUCGUUUCUUCUGAGCUCCCCAUCCAGGUCGCCCCUGAGAAGGCCAGCAGCACCAAGGCCGCCGAGCCGUCCAAGGCUGCUGAGACGUCUGCCGCCGCCGCCGUCCCUACCACCAACGCCGUCGUACCCAAGCCCUCGGCAUCUUCAUGCUCCCGCAAGACCAGGACUGUCUACAAGACCGUCACUGUCACUUCUCCCGCGGAGGAGUCCAAGGCCGCCGCGACCCCCGCCGGCUCGACCGACAACUACAAGGCUCGCCGCCACGUCCACGAGCACGAGCACCUCCACCGCCACCGCAGCAACCGCAACUAA